AUGUCUACCAAACCUGCCUUGGCUUACAAUGAUGUAGAGAAAGGGACAUUAGAUCUCCACUCUCCUCAGCUUGCCAAUCUCGCAAAGGACGAGAAGAAGGAAGCAGACAUCGAGGUGUUCGCCGUGCAAUCUCUCAAGAAAGAUGCGCCGGUUACUCCCUCAAACGUCGCGAAGCCGCCGCCAGCCCCUGCCAAAGCAAAGCACAGCACACCCCUGUGGGUCCUCUGGAUAAUCUGGUACAACAGUUACAGGCGGUUUUUCACUGUGGUGUUCACAGUCAAUUUCAUUGGACUUGGCUUUGCCAUUGCUGGAAAAUGGCCAUACGCAGCAAAAUAUCCCGGUGCUUUGGUUGUUGGCAAUUUGAACGUCUCAGUUCUUGUGCGUAACGAGAUAUUCGGCCGUUGCUUGUAUUUGUUCGUCAACACCUUCUUCGCCAAGUGGACUCCUCUAUACUUCCGCCUUGGGUGUACCUCAACUUUACAGCAUCUUGGUGGUAUCCACAGCGGAUGUGCAAUCUCCGGCGUAGCUUGGAUAAUCCUCAUGGUUGUACAUCAAUUCAAACAAAAGUAUCUGUUCAACGAUUCUAUUCUUGCCUUCGGUGUGAUCACCACACUUGUAUUGUUCGUCACAAUUUGUGCUGGUCUUCCGUGGGUCCGAAACACUCAUCACAAUGUGUUUGAGCGGAAUCACCGUUUCUUCGGAUGGACUUCCUUGUGCAUGACCUGGAUCUACACUAUCGUGACCAAUGCCUAUGACACUGCGGAUGGAAAGUUCGACCACAUCGGGAGAUACGUCGUUCAACAGCAAGCGUUCUGGUACACAAUCGGAAUGUCCACCUUCAUUGUUCUACCUUGGAUUUGCACGAGACACGUCAAGGUCGACAUCGAACUACCCUCUCCCAAAGUCGCUGUUCUCCGCUUCGAGCGUGGUAUGCAACAGGGUCUGCUUGCUCGUAUUAGUCGCUCAGCUGUCAAGGAAUAUCACGCUUUCGGUAUCAUCUCCGAGGGUACUCAUGCAAAGUAUCACUACCUGAUUUGCGGUGUGCAAGGCGAUUUCACCAAGAGCCUGGUCAACAACCCGCCGAGAAGGAUCUGGACUCGUGAGCUGAAGGUCGCCGGUGUCUCUAACACAUCGACCCUUUACAAGCGUGGAAUCCGUAUCUGCACUGGUACUGGUCUUGGUGCUGCCCUUUCUACUUGCAUUCAGUCUCCUUACUGGUACCUGAUUUGGAUCGGCUCUGAUCAAGAAAAGACUUUCGGUCCAACCAUUAGUGGUCUCAUUCACAGACACGUUGGUCCAGAGCGUCUCCUCCUCUGGGACUCCAAGCUCCGUGGUGGUCGUCCACCCACCAUGAAGAUCUUGAAGGAGGUAUACGAAUACUGGCAGGCAGAGGUUGUCUUCAUCACCUCCAACUACGUGGGUAACUUUGAGAUCCAGCAUGGCUGCAAGGAAGCUGGUAUUCCUGCAUUCGGAACUCUUUGGGACUUUGUGAGUGACCCUCCAGAAUUUAGUCGCUGA